AUGAUUCAAAUUAAGCCCUAUCCUAAAAAGGAGAGCGUCAAUGAGCUCUUCAAACCGCAGUUCGCUCUUAACUCAGGGUCACUUACCGCGCUGAACGCCGAUCUGGUUCAUGGGGAAGAGAACACUAAUGUUUGGCGUGCGUACCCAUAUUUGCUCUCUACCAGCUCGUCAGAGUAUGAAAUUAAAAUAAAUCAUGGCCUUGGAGGCGUGGUCAAUCUAAACGAUGUUCCUGGGUGCCGCAAACGGGGAAGUUUGUGCCGGAGUGUCCUGCCAAAUCUUCACUGGUGUGCGGAUCGUGAGUUGGGUGUUGCCGGUGUCAUGUUCACACAAGCCCAGCCUAUGAAGAGUCAGUUGAUUACGAAUAUGUUUCUCGAGUUGGAAGCCGCGUUAUAUCGGACUUUGUAG